UAUAGAUGCUGGCCGGACCUGCUCCCUGUAUCAGUCAGCAGCUUUACGUGCUGAGGUUAAGUCCUAAGCAAGCUACUACCUUAGUGAAGUCAUCCAUUAUUGUGCUAAGACAUUAAGACAGGCAUGAUGAUCCUUAGAAUGACCAUCCUGCUGCUGGUUGGGAUUGUAUUCAUCAGCUACAGCUUGUCACAGAGAAUUAGAGCAGAAAGUAAGCAGAAUCUGAGGGUUCGCAUCAAUGUCACCGAAGACACCAUCGUCCUGAGGUUCAUCCACCCGAACCCCGAUGUCAAACUGGAGGGCUACGUCCUGGGCUUUGGCAGCAACAUGUUCUCCAAGCACUACAUCCAACUGCCCGAAAAUGGGGAGCUCUAUGAGGCAGAGAUGGAUGCAGAGCCUAAGUACCUGGUCGCAGUACAGCCUGCUCCACCCUACGACGUAAAGAAACACUGUACCGGACAAGUUGACCUGGAGAGGCCUCUGCACCUGGUGAUUGGCACAGUGACACCCACCUCAGUGCUGCUGUCCUGGGGAGCCAUACUGCAUACACCCUUUCAAGGAAACAUCAUGAAUGACUGUCUGGAGGAUGGCCACUACACCGUGCGCUACAGGGAGCGCAACAAGAAGUGGAACUAUGAGAUGUGCCCCACCACCGACACCGUGGUUGAUAACCUAAAGCCCCACACGCCGUACGAAUUCGGUGUCCGCGCCAACAAGGAAGACGAAAGUGGCCAGUGGAGCAAGCCUGUCGUUCAUAGCACCGAUAUGACCGAGAAAAGCAUGCAAGAUCCCUACAUGCCAAGGACUCCAAGUGGAAACCCAGUGAAGCCAAAUCUGUCUGGACCGCAAGCAUUUUUUCCACCCAGACCAGCCAUUCAUAACAGGAACCAGACCAGACUGGCCCCCCUGCACAAGAACCCUAGGUUCCCCGGAGGUCCCAGAACAUCUUUGGGACCUGCUUUGUUCUCCGCAGUGGCUCCUGAAGACCGUCCUGGAAUCUCUCCUAUCCCAAGAUCUAUCCCUCCUCAAGGGCCACAGUUGCCACUGGGAAGUGCAAACACUGUUAUAAAUGUGUCAUCCCCAUCCAAAGACAUUCCUCCUGCCCUGCCCCAGCUCCUGUCCAUCAAACCCUUCCCUACCUCUGCCACUCUUCUCCCUUAUCACCCUUCAAACAAUGGAAGGUCUCAGGGCCGGAUCCCACCCAGGUUCCCCUACACCUCCAAGACUCACAUCCCCCUGGCUGCCGGCCAAUCAAGGAAAGGAUUCUCCCAGCCUGAGCCGGCCGCUGAGGCAGCUGACAGUAAAUACGGUGGUAAUGGUAAAACCAUCCCCAGAAAUGCGACCUCCACCGUGGCUCGAGUUCCUUCGGCUGCCAUCUUGCAAUCAAAUAGGAGCUCGGUAUUCCGGGGGAGGGGUUUCCCUUUGCCCGCCCCUAAUGGCAGGAGACAACUUGCUCCACCUAGAGCAGCUAACACUUCCCAGGCCGUGAUGAAACCAGGGGUCAACGGCGAACGCCAUAGGGGAAAUUUGUAUCCCAAACACAGAUUGCAAAAUGGGUCCCCCGCUCAGCACCCAAAAACACCCUACAAGAAGAAGCUGGACCUGACAGGGAAGCCGGGGACCAAAGACAAUGCCAAUGACAUCAAGAAACCAAGUUUAAAACCCAUCCCAAAGCCAAAAUCUACUCCCUUGCCAAAGAAACCCAUCACUGAGAAGAAGCCAAGCAUAGCUACUCCUCCUGCAGUCGAUGGUAGCCGGGACGACAUCUGGGACAACUCUUCAGUGUUUACCUCUCUCCCUGCCAAAGACGUGGACGCUAUGGGCAAGAAGCGCUACGUAGCCCCACAUGUGAAAUACUGGCCCGGCAAGAAACCAGAGGAACCCUGCUCCAUCACCAACUCCUUGAGUUACUUCCCAGAGGAGUACGGGAUGGAGCAGAAUGUCACCGGCCCCCCCAGGCUGCCUCCCUCGAACCUCACUGUGCUCACAGUGGAAGGAUGUCCCUCUUUUGUCAUACUGGACUGGGAGAAAUCAGACAAUGAGACCACAGAGUACGAAGUCAUUUCCACGACUAAAGGACCAGCUGGGAAAGAGGUCUCCAUUCUCACCACCAACAAGACGCACACCGCCGUGGAGAAUCUUAAACCAGAGAGCAGUUAUGAAUUCACGGUAAAACCCAAGAACGAACUUGGAUCGGGCCCUCCUACAGAACCUGUGUCGUUCAACACAGAGUCAGCUGACCCCCAGACAGGGAAGACCGCCAUUUGGACGGAGUAUUCAUUCAGGCCUGACAUCUACUCGGAGUGCAACGGGAAGCAGUAUGUGAAGAGGACGUGGUACCGCAAGUUUGUCGGCAUCCAACUUUGCAACUCCCUGAGAUACAAGAUAUACCUGGGUGACACUCUCUCAGGAAGGUUCUACAACAUUGGGGACCAAACGGGACAUGGUGAGGACCACUGCCAGUUUGUGGACUCCUACCUUGAUGGGAGGACAGGAAGCCAUCUUUAUGCUGAUCAGCUGCCCAUGAGAUCUGGAUAUUUCAGAGCAAUGCGACAGCAGCCAGUCUCUUUCGGCACGAUAGGUGGGAACUCACGCAUUCCUUAUGUGGCGUGGUACGAGUGCGGAAUACCAAUUCCCGGGAAAUGGUAGGAGAGAUGACCACCAUGGAUCAUGCUCGGGUGACUGCUCUGGAGAGGACACGCGCUGUAAGAUCGAGGACUACAGUGAUGGAGUCUUCCAGCACCUAUAUAUCUGCAAGAGAAAGAAAAAAAAAGUGUACAGGAUGUAAAUGUCAAGGACUAUUCUUGAGCUCAUUUGGUGAUAUGUAAUGGAAACUUAGCCUCAUUAUUUACAGAACAGCACAAGAGGUACUGCAAAAGAACUAUUUACUAACAGAUGUAAACAGAAAAAAAUAUUUGGGAAGCUGGCUCCCAGAAAUUAUUUUGAUAACUUGUAUAUAAUAGUAUUUAUCAAAAGGGUUGUAAUUAAA